AAAAAAAAUACACACACACACAAACACAAAUUCAAAAAGAGAUUAAAUUGAAACCCGUUGUUGUUGUUAGGAGGAGUACAACACAUCGGAGGAAAAAAUGAUGACGUUAAGAUCAUUAUUAUUUAUUCUCUUCCUGAUUGGAUUAGCCAGGUAUUGUGAACUGGCACCAUCGAGAUCCAAGAAUUUAUCCAACGAUAAAUUAUCAUCAUUACCAUCUUUAUUGUCAUCAUCAUCGUCAUCAUCUGUUGAAGAAGAAGAAGAAGGAGAAGAAACAUCAUCAUCAUCGAGAAAAAGAUCACGUGGAACUUCGUCAUCUUCUUCAUCGUCAUCAUCUUCAUCGCCAAGCGAAUUAACCUGGGAAGCUUGGUUAUUGGUCGAUGCACAAGCGGGUGAUCAAUCGAGUUUAGAUUCGGCUAAUAUUUUGAGAAAGAUCACUCCGAAAAGUAUUUUUUUCGCGCCUACGCGCAUCGAUUGUGCCGAAGGUUAUCGCGCAGAUACCAUGGACAGAUGCGUCAAGGAUGUCAAAAUUGAUCACGAGGCGCAAUUUGAUUUUUUAUUGAAACGCGUCAGUGCAAUGUAUUUGCAAAGAUUUGCCAGCAGCAGUAACGGGGAAGAAGAAAAGAUACCAAAUCAAAAACAAUCGUCAGGUCCAUUGCAAUUGAGUAUACCAUUGUUAGGUAUACCUUUACCCCCACCAUCAUCACCAGAUGCUGUUGCCGAUGAUCCUGUUAUGUCUUCUGUUAAUAAUCAACAACCAAUCAAGAACGAGGAUGAUAGGACUAAUGAACCCCCAAAGGAGACGACGGUUACCAUUUAUGAAGCUAAAAUCGAGACGACUACAACAGAAAAUGAAGAAGACCAACACAAAUUAGAUGAAGAAGAAAUAAAACCAUUAAUAUUACUCGAUAAUAUUAAUCAUCAAAACAAUCCUAUAAACAAGGACAGCAAAAAAUCUGAAGAAAUAGUCCCGGUUGCUGAAUUUGUCGAUGAAACUAACGGAAGUAGUGGUUUUUCGGAAAUAGUCGAUUAUAAAAUUCCGAUAAAUCUAAAAGCCGCCAUAUUGAAUGUAACCAACGUUAAAAAUAAUAUCAACGAAAGUGAGGUUAUAAAUGAUGAUACCAAAUUAAAAGAAGUAUUGUCGAUGAACGUUAGUAAUAUAACACCAACGUUGGUAUUUCUUUUAACACCAACUAAACAACCACAAAUCGAAUCAUCAUCAUCAUCAUCAUCAUCAUCUUCUUCUUCUUCUUUCGAAAAAGAAGAUGGCGAUGAUUUAUCUAAUGUUACUACAGCUGGUCACGUGAUCAUACGUAUGACCGAAUCAAUAAAUUCGACCAAUCACAAUAUGGAUCAAGUCAUCAACGAGUCCAAUUCGAAUUCGUUGAAAAAAUUAUCGGAAAAUUUGUCAAACUUUGAUGAUAAAGUAGUUGAUAAUAAUGGAAACAAUUCGGAAUCAUCUGGAAUGAAAAUGGCGGAUGACGAUGAACGGGAAACAACUUAUGAAGAUGAAACUGUUGACGAGGGAGAAAUUGUUGAAGAAGAGGACGAUUACGUUGAUCCAACUGAUAAUCCUAUUGAAGAUGAAUUAACCGAACUUGAGGGUGAAAUUUUGAAACAUGGCGAAGCUGGGAUCACCAUACCUGUGACAAAUUUGGAUAGAUUACAUUUGAAUGAAAAUCAUGAGACAAAUGUAGAACCUAUGAUUGAUUCUAAUAUGAAAAAUGUCAAUUAUACAUUUGAUUCAUCGUCAGAUGAAAUUGCUAUUCGUUUUAAUCAUAGCAUUUCCAAUAUGGACGAACAUGAUAGUAAAAUUUCUAGCGAAGCUACGAUCAAGGAUGACGUUAUCAUAGAAACAACAUUGUUAAAUGUUAACAAUCCUACAAAAAUUGGUAACAAUACUAAAUUAAACAAUACGAAGAUCAACGAUGAUGAAAAUGUCAAUGAACAUUUUGAAUCUGAAAAGAUACAUGAUACUAAAACUAAAAUAAUAUUUCCAACUGAAGAAAUACCUACGACAACUAUUGUAUCAACGAGUACAAAGGAAAAUAUUAAACAACAGGUAAGUAGGAUAAAAUUCAUUGAAGAAGAAGAAACUGACAAAAAUCCAACAGAUUUGAGGAACGUCGAACUUUUGGCUGAACCUUCAUCGUCAGAAUCGCUACUUUACGAUCCUCAUUUUGACAAUCGUUACUUGGAAGCAACGAUAAAAGAAACAGAGGAUUCUGUUAAAACUAGCAAUAGUUUUAGUACGCGAAAUAUCUUAGAUUUAGAAGGUUCACCUAAUUUUGACGUAAGAUCGUCACAAAAUUACGUUAAAUUUCCAUCAGAUGAGAUCAACAGUAUACAUAAUCAAGAUUACAAAGAUGGACAUCAUCAACAUCGUAAUAUUUUCGAAGAAGAGGAUGAUGAUAAUGAUAAUAAUAAUCCUCCAUAUAUUAGUACAACCAGUACAAAAAGUAGCAUACCAAAUUUUCAUCAAAAAUCAUCAUACUCUAGGACACCAAUUGGUUGGAGAAUAAAUAGGCCAGAAGAAGAAGAAGAACAACAACAACAACAACAACAGGAAGAUAAUGAAAGGCAUCGUUCAGUUGUUGUAGUUCAAAGACAAAAACCAAGGCCAAUGUAUUUAUAUAGAACUAAAGCACCACCACCACCACCACUACCAUUAACGAGGAUUUCACCUAAUUUAUUCUCAAUAGGUCAAGGUGGUUCUCGUUCGACACCAACCAUCAUGGAUAGAGGUUAUAGAAAUGAUUAUGUCAGAGUAUCAUCUCGUCGUAGGGUUAAAUAUUAAUUAUAUCCAUCUAAACAAAAUGGAUUCGCAUGAUUGAGUUAGCCGUUGGUUGGGCUAUCAAAUACGUCGUUGUUGACGUACUUCGCUGAUUUAUUUGAAAGUUUAAGAGAAACUUUAAAACAACUUGAACUAUUAUUAAUGACGAUUCGAUUAUUAAAUCGAAUCUCUUGGAUCUGUCGUCGUGAGGAUUCUCAACUCUCUUGUCUGUGUAUUUCUUUCUCUCUCUCUCUCUCUCUUUUUUUCUAUUUAUCUAUGUAUCUUUUGAAACUGUGCCAAAUAAAACAAUGGGGUUUGAAAGAAAUAACCUGUCGUUUGCUAAAAACGUGUGAUACGCGAUUGGGAACACUCUUAUCUUUUUGGCAGACAUGUUAGUUUUCUUCUUUUUUUUUUCUUUUUUUUUUUUUUUGUUAUAUUAUCGUACCGAACAAAUCUUUGAUGAUCUAAACGAAAAUUUGGUUUUUACACAAAAAAAUUAUUCAACAAUUUUGACAGAUGAAUAUUACAGUAAAUUGAUUGAGGUAUUGUUUUUUGUUUUUUUUCUUACUCGUGAAAUUAAUGAAACAGAUUAUUUGUUUAAAUAUUCAUUGGAAUGAAUAUUUUCUACUUUAGUUUAGUCGACAUUAGUUUUCAAACGAUGUUAAGUAUCUAUAACUAGGGUUCAUAGUAAUCGUGUUUCACUUUCUAAUCAGAUUUAAAACUGACAUUGGGUAGAACGUUUGUAACAGGAAUAAA